AUGGCGGCCGUCGCCGCGGACGUUGAUGCACGCGCCAAAGCCAUCGUUGACGCUAUGACGGUGGGCCAACUCUUGGGCCAAAUGACCCAAAUCGACCUCAGCGCGGCCAACACUGCGGCCAAAGUCGACGAAUUUGCCCAGGUCAACGUUGGAUCGUACUUUAACUUCAUUGGGAUGGGGUGGAAGGGAUAUCGUGUGACAGCCAACACGGAAGAAUGGCGUGCCAUCCUGACCGAGAUGCAAGACAUUCACAUGAAACGAAACAAGGUGCCCAUGAUGUUUGGAAUCGAUUCCGUCCACGGCGCCACAUACGUCGACGGGUCGGUGCUCUUUCCCCAGAGCAUCAACACGGCCGCCGCGUUCAACCCGACUUUGGCCGAAGGCCUUGGCAAAUACAUGGCCCGCGACACGAAAGCGGCGGGCAUCCCAUGGAUGUUUGGGCCGACACUGGACGUCACGCGCCACAAGCACUGGCCACGUGUGUACGAAACAUUUGGUGAAGACCCGACUGUUGUCGCGCAAAUGGGCAAAGCCGUCAUCGAAAGCAUUCAAAAGCAACGGGUUGCGGCGUGCUUCAAGCACUUCAUCUCGUACUCGGACCCAACGACCGGUCUUGACCGGGACAACUCGGAACUGAGCUCCUAA